UGUCAAAUACAUAUGAAUGAACUUCUUAAUUUUGGCACGAGUUUCGCGAUAUUUUUACCAUUUACGUACAGUGUAUAUGUUUAAACUUACGUAACUAGUUUAAAUUAUCUUAAACAGCGAACUACGUAUAUGUAAUGAUUACUUGAUUCCAAACUGUGUUCAACAAAUCGACAUAACCUCAAAACCAAAACAAAUCGAAAUGGCAACAAAAUUCAACCCCGCGGCGUACAAUUUUCGCAAAAAAUGCCCUUUCGUGAGCAAGGACCUGCUCCGCUGGUUCCCGGGUCACAUGAACAAGGGCUUAAAACAAAUGCAGAGAAAGUUAAAGUCCGUCGAUUGCGUGAUUGAAGUUCACGACGCAAGAAUACCCUUUACUGGCAGAAAUCCCAUAUUUACGAAUACUUUAACAGGUGCAAAGCCUCACAUACUAGUUCUUAAUAAGAAAGACUUAACUAUAAGUUCAUUAAUACCGCGGAUAAAGGAGCAGCUGAAGGCAGAAGAGGGAGUGCAAAAUAUAGUGUUUACAAACAGUAAAGACCAAGGUUGUCGCGGAUUGAAGACCUUAAGGCCCCUGAUGGUUGACCUUAUUAAAGACUCGAAUAGGUAUAACAGAAGCGAAGAGUCCGACUACAAUGUAAUGAUCAUCGGGGUCCCAAACGUGGGUAAAUCAUCGUUGAUCAACAUGCUCCGCUCCAGGAACAUGGGCAUCGGGCAUGCGUUGCCAGUCGGUGCGGUGGCUGGGGUCACCCGCAGUGUCUUGAUGAAGAUCAGGAUCAACAAUAAUCCCAAUAUAUUCAUGUUGGAUACGCCUGGCAUCUUAGAGCCGUCAGUGACAGACAUCGAAAUGGGUUUAAAGCUGGCCCUGUGCGGCAAUCUCCAAGAUCACCUGGUGGGCGAGGAAGCCAUCGCAGACUACCUGCUGUACUGGCUCAACAAGCAUGGCUGCUUCCGCUAUGUAGACUACAUGGGACUGCUGGAGCCCUCCGAUGACAUAAAUAAGGUACUAAUCGCAGGUGCGGUGAAGUUCAACCGAAUCCGUCGAACACGGGACUACGACGGCUCAAUGCGUGACGUGCCGGAUUUCAUCGAGGUCGCCCGGACUAUGAUCAGGGGCUACCGCACCGGGGAGCUCGGCAGGACGCUCCUGGACAUCGAACUGCUGAAGGACUACAAGAAGGAGAAAGAGAACCUUGUGGCGUAGGAGUUAAAGUCGAGGUUCAAGCAACCAAAGACUUUAAAUUAAUUUUUCACACCAGCUCAUAUAGGCGCUCAUGAUUGUUCACAAACUUAUAAGAAAGUUGCAUUUUAUGCACAUGUGUGGCAAAGGAACUCGAUGCAAAUUUUGAGUUGUUUCCUUAUGUUGGCUGGUAGAAUUAACUUUGAAAUGAUUAUUUUGAUUGAUAAAUAUUUAAUAACGAUAAUUUGAA